GUAGAUUUGAAACGACACCUCGUUACUGCAUAUUACAUGGUAACGAAUUACAAGAUUAUCGAACUCGAAGCAUAAUUAGCGGGGAAAAUUUGUCGCGGUUAGUAAGCGUGAAGGCUUUCGUUUUCUCAUGCUGGGGCGGCGCACGCGCCCGCGCCCGAGCGCCCGCAGUCGCUCCCGGCACUCCACCCGCUGACCACGCUCGGAAAAUGUACACAGGACUAGACCAUCAUGUCUCGUAAAAUAUUCCGCGCCGCGCUCUUUUACCUACUAGUCCUAAGCCUCGAUGCGAAAAAAUCCAGGAGAGUCAAAACUACUAAACCAGAAGACGACAGCAGCCCGCAACCAAGUGUAGUUUCAUAUUCCACGUUUGGCUUUAAUGAUGUUGGAUCUUAUGAUGGCUUCGUGCCCAGCUCUCCGGACUUUGCUACGUAUUUGAGCAGUAAUGUUAACAACCAGGAUUCUCCUCCUCCGAGGUUGUACGGGCCGGCGUUUCCGUCGUCGUUAGAAUCGUCUGGAUUCGGUAAUAUGGAAUCACAGCCGCAAGAUGGCACAUUCAGUUCUGGUGAUGACAACAAUGCGCAGCCGAGCAUAUUGCAAUAUAGUUCAGCAUCCUAUUUCAACGCUGAUAGCAAUAAUGAUCAGGGGCAAAAUGGUUCGCCUGAGGAAAAGUACCGACGGAUAGUUGACGAAGAGAGCAAUUCGCCGGUGUAUGGAACCAAGUUGGGUGGCAAAAAUAAACAUAGAUUGUUUAACCAAUUUAAUGAAACUGCAGCAUUUGAUGUUUAUAGUAACGGAAACUCUCAUCCUAGUGAAACAAGAUAUACACAUUUUAAGGUAACUGAUGAAACCACUCACGAUACAAAGCCAGUAUCAUAUGGUGAGUCGGCGAGCAGCCACCAAAACAUUUACAACUACGCUCCAACGUAUCCGCCGACCGAAGCAGAUGAAAUAAAGCCCUCAUCUAACAACACAUAUUCCUUUAAUUUUCCCAAAGUAAUUGACUUUACCAAAUAUAAACAAUAUUAUCCUACAGCAGUAGAAAACAAAUUCCCUACUGCUACGUUUCAACCCGUAACAACUAAGCAGAAAGAGAUUAAACAAAACAAUAACUACGACAGUCACAGUAAUAAUAACUACGAAAGUCAAGGAAAUAAUAAUAAUUACGGAAGUCACAACAAUAACUUUGACGUGCACAGUAGUAAUAAGAACUAUGAAAGUCAUAGUAGUAUCAAUUAUCCAUCGCAACCAUUCAAAAAUACCUAUGAAGUCAAAGAAGAAGAUCAAGAAAAUGAUCUUCCAAAACCAACUUCCUACACAAAUAAUGCUUAUUCAAACAAUUUUGUGAGUUACACUAGUCCCAAAUCCAGUUUAAAAGAUACAAAACCAGAUUAUGACUACAAGGAUAAAGUAAAACCCACUCCGCCAUGGUCAUAUAACAAUACUAUUAAAAAUUGGAGAAACCCCGUGAAAGGCUACGAGUACUCCACUGAUUAUAGCAACAUGAGUUUUAAAUAUGAUACUAGUGUACCAGAUAAAGAAAAACAUACAAGAAAGAAACCAUUUCAUAGCUACACAGAUGAGCUUACACCCGCAAGCAGCAAUGUUGUAGAUUUAUCCGACUAUAAGUUCCCUGAAACUGACUACUCAAACUUUAAGAAGAUACCCGGUGUUAAAGCACAUUACGAAGACGAUGACUAUUCCAGCUUACAAACAAAAUAUAAAGAUUUGUUUAAAUCUGAUGACUACAUUAAUCAAUUUAAGAACCUGUACAGUAACAAUAAUCCACCGUCAACAAGCUCUCUUUGGGGAAAUGUUUACAAAGGCCCGGAAUUCACAUCUCUGAAAUAUCCUUCAACAAAUUCUCACUUUAGUGAUGAGAUUACUAGCGAUGUAGUUCAUAUAAAACCCGGUUUAAAGAACAAACAGAAGAAUAGAUUCAGUCAUAAUAAAUACAGUGAUAGUAAACCAAGUGAAUGGUCAUUUCAAAAUAAAUACAGGCCUUAUAAAGCUAACAAGCCUAACGAUUGGACCAAAGAUGUGUCUCUGACGAGAUUCAAGUCAGAGGAAGACUUGUUAGGUCUCAGAACUCACGAUACAUCACACCCUUCAUAUAUACCCUCGUAUAAGCCAUUUAACGAUGUAUCAGACGAAUUCGACUACAAGAAGCUCGUAGAAAAAUGGCGGCAAUCCUACCUGAAAUCAAAAUACAAGGAAUCGUUCCGCGAUUUCGAGACCUAUGCGUCAGAUGCGAAGCCCGUACAUGUACCAAUACCGAAGCCAUACGCGAUCGAAGUGCCACGGCCGGUGAUCGUGCCGGUGCCGGAGCCGUACCCGGUCCGGGUGCCGAUACCCAAGCCGGUAGCCGUGCCGGUAAUCAAAGAGCUCAACGUGCGGAUCGAGAAACCCGUACCCUACCCGGUCUAUAAAAAGGUCCCAUACCCGGUGGAAAAACUUGUACCCGUGCCUGUUGAAAAGCAGGUACACGUUCCAGUGGUGAAGCCAUAUCCAGUGCCCGUGCCGCACAUAAGGCCGGUGUUCCACCACACGCGGCCCCACGACGAGCUGGAGGACGCCGGUACGGACGAUGAGGAGGAUUAUCUACCGCGCCCUGAUGGCUACAGGACGAGUAAGAAAGUGCCGUUUUCUAAGCGGCCCAACAGCCCGCGCUACCGCGACCGGCCGCGUAGGCCCCAACGAGCCCCGUACUACGACCGGAACAGAAGGCAGUGGCCAGACAGGAGGCCUACCAGGAGGCCCUCGGAGCUCCGCCCUUCGCCGUUUAGAUCUCCCUACGAUGAUGAGUUUGAACGCAGUGACUACUACCUGCACUGCCAGAGAACCAGACUCUGUUAGCG